CUCUCUCACUCACACGCAUGCGGUCGGAUUGAUGGCAUCAUGUCCGAGAUUUAGUGGCUCCCUGUUCCGGUGCCUUACAUCAUGAUUUUCACUUGGAUGUCUCACAAAGCGUGAGAUCUGGUGUUUCGGGGAGCAGAAGCUCCGUGUGAGGAACUGAUCUGGUGUUUCGGGGAGCAGAAGCUCCGUGUGAGGAACUGAUCUGGUGUUUCGGGGAGCAGACGCUCAGUAUGAAGGACUGAUUGGGAGUUUCGGGGAGCAGACGCUCAGUAUGAGGGACUGAUUGGGAGUUUCGGGGAGCAGACGCUCAGUGUGAAAGACAGAUCGGGCGUUUUGGGGAGCAGAAACGGGCUCCCCCACACAGCUCCCCCACACAGCCGCCUGUGCCCCAGCUCCCACAGUGUCUGAGGCCGCAGGAUACUUGAGCUGAGAACCGCGCUGGGUCCAAAGGACAGGACCACACCAUGAAGUCUCAGCAGAAGUGCAUAGCGAUCUUUGCACUGGUUUGCUGCUUCGCUGUCCUGCUGGCCUUGAUCUUCUCAGCAGUGGACGUGUGGGGAGAAGAUGAGGAUGGAAUCACUGAAGAAAACUGCAGCACUUCCUGCCAGAUAGUCCUUGUAGAGAACAUUCCAGAAGAGGUUUCCUUCUCAGAGAACAGUACAGUGCACCUCCCCCUCUCUGUGGGUCUGCACUUGCUGUUGGACCUGGCCAGCCGCUCGGUGGAGAUUGUGUCCCCUGACUGGGCCCUGACCUCCGCUGACCCCGAGGCCGACGUUUCCUCCACCAGACAGGCCCGCCUGCUGUUUCAGAGGCUCCAGGGGUUGGGCUCACGGGGGGUCAAUCUGAAAGUGGCCAGUGACCGCCCGGACUCUGCAGAGCUCAGGAAACUCUCGAAUCAUGGUGCGGAGGUGCGCUACCUAAACUUGGCGGCUCUGACCAAAGGCCAGUUCCGCUCUUCUUUCUGGGUGGUGGACAGGAAGCACAUGUACAUCGGGAGUGGGGGCAUGGACUGGCACUCGCUGUCAAAGGUGAAGGAGUUUGGGGUGAUAAUCUCAAACUGCAGCUGCCUCGUGCUGGACCUCCACAGGAUAUUUUCACUCUACUGGCAGCUACAGUACAAGGAUUUUGUGCCAUCAAUCUGGUCCAAGAGGCUGAGCGCUCUGUACAGCAAGGAGAAGAUCCUGGCGCUGUCCUUCAACAACAGCAGGAAGGCCAAAGCCUACAUGUCCAGCUCUCCUGAUGUCUUCUGCCCGAAGGACCGAACACGAGACAUCGAUGCCAUAUUCCGCCUGAUCCAGGAUGCCCGCAGGUUCAUCUACAUUUCAGUCACAGACUACCUGCCUCUCAUCAACAGAACCCCUCAGAGAUACUGGUCACGCAUAGAUGGUAUGCUUCGAGAGGCCCUGAUCCUGAGGGGUAUUAAAGUGAAGCUGUUGAUCAGCUGCUGGAAGCAGACCCACCCCCUCACCUUUAACUUUGUUUGGUCUCUGAAGUCUCUGUGCAUGGGGAUGGCCAACUGCUCUCUGGAGGUGAAGUUCUUUAGUCUGAGGGACCAGAAGAAUGGAACAUUCCACAGCGUCAACCAUAACAAGUUCAUGGUGACAGACACUGCCGUGUACAUAGGAAGCUUGGACUGGCUGGGGAAUGAGUUUGCUUACAAUGUCGGCGUGGGGCUGGUGAUCAGCCAGGCCGAGGGGCCGGGGGACCAGGGUGCCCCUGUGGUGGGGCAGGUGAAGGCCCUGUUCGAGAGGGACUGGUUCUCCUGCUACGCCAAGAGUCUGCAGCCCAACAAGCUUCCGGAGUGCAGCAAGCUCAGGAACAGCCCGCCUCCCCUGCCCAAGGCCCAGACCAACAGCAGAGACCUCAAACAGAAACCCAGCACCCUUCUGUGAUCCGGGGAGACCACCAGAACCACAGAAUAUCCUCUUCCUUAAGUGGCAAAACUAUACUGGCUGUUUGAAUCACAUUUUCAAGUUUGGAUAUUUGUAACUCUCUGUCAGAUCCAACUCUUGACUCCUUGGGACUUGAUCCAUUGUUUUUUUAACCAGGCCAUGGUGCUUAAUUUGAGAGCAUCUUUUUUUUCUCAUGUCACAGAAGAGAAACACACAAAAGACAAGCAGCACAGAGACAUACACAUUGCCAAACGACACAGACACACUUACUUCUCUUCCAGUGGGCGGUGGGAGAACAUGAGAAGGCAAAACUGAAGGAUUGAGAAACAAGGUUUGGCCUCUCCAUCAAGCCAGGUAGUGGCAUGUGCUUAUAUGUUAUGUCACCAUGAAUAAAAUUCACUUUUUUAUUUGUAAUAUAAAUUAAGCAAAGAUGAUAUGUACUGUAAAAAUGACUGUUGAACAGAGGAAAACAAUGAAUAUGAGAAGGCACGCUGGGUAUGGCUUCAUAAGCGUUAAGAAACUAUCAAAGUGAAAAUUAGAAGACUCUACCCAAAAAGUCAUUCCAUCCUCUGAUAUGGACUCAACAUGAUCCUCCAUUAUCUGCUCACUGGCAACCCUAUCUAUUUAGACCUUGUCCAUUUCAAAUCUUUACUGCCACAGAAAAUGUGGAAUAAUUACACAAGAAAUCAAAUAGAUGGUUAUAAGAAAGCAAUUACUGUCUGCAAAUUAUUUAUUCAUGGCUAUUAACUAGGAAGGAUUUUCAGCUUUGGACACAAAAUUAAUUUCCGAAUAUUGUAAUAUAUUUCAGUGAGUGUCUUAAUUGCUGUUGAAAUAUCAAUGUCACAUUCCAGAAUACUGCUCAGUAACAUGUAUGAUCCUUCUGAAAUUAUCAGUUCAAAACAGUUGGGAACUACCUCAAAAACAUGCAUUCAGAAUGUGUGCAAACAUGUCAAUCUGAAUGGGAUGCUUAGAUUUGUUACUUAAUGUGACCUGUAAUCAGAACCCACAUUCCAUUACACUCUCCUGUUCCCCCAGUUUUGAGACAAACCCAUUUGUACAUCUGUAUAUAGGGGACGUAAGGAUAGGAAAUUUGAAUACAGACACAGUGCUCAUUUCCUUGUUAGUUGCAAUGGAGUACAAUUUAUAUCAAGUCAUAAAAAAGGUCUUGUGAGGCACUUGUGAAGUGAUGUUCAACGUAAUUUAAACUGACAUUAGAGUUGACAUACCAUGUCAACCAUACUGUCCAAAUACUCUCCCGUGUGUUGCCCUUAAAGUCCAGUUCUCAGUCCAGGUCUGUGUUUUCUCUGUCCUCAGAUCAUUUCUAUAAAGUGUACAGAGUAAAUGGGUUACGUAAAGAACUUUGGCAUCUGCUGUUCAGGCCCACCUGGAUCAUUUGGGUGCGAUGCCAGAAGAGCUCUUCAUGCCUACAGUAUAAUCAGCUCUCAUUGCAGUGGUCGUGCUAGCCCUAGUCUUCGGAACGCAAGACAUUUCUAAACGUUAAACUAAUUGCCUUCUGAUAAAAAAUACCUGUUUUUGCCGUAAUAUUCCAAUUGACAAUAAUAACUAAAUUAUGUCAUUCAUAAUUUUAUUAUCAAACAUGUAACAGAAGCAGGAUGAAAUGGCAGGAUUAGUGGGAUGAAAUAAACUACAAAUAAUGUUUAGGUAUUCUUGAAGAUCAAAAUGAAUGUAUGGCACUCAGGCUAAUAAUAUUGGAAAACCCUUUGAGUGAUUUCUGUUUUUAUUUACACAUGCUGAGCAAGCAAGCUAGAGCAGGACAUCUCAUUUUUUACUUUUCAUUCAAACACUUUCCAUUUUAAUCUCACAAUGUUACCAGUGGCUGUGUAAAUAUUAUGAUAAAAAACAGCAUGCAUGUCAGACACCGAAAGAGGAUUGGCUGAAAGAAACAGGGGUGAUUGUUUUUUUAUGGUUCAAGUCUAGUUCAUCGCCUGCUGCAUACUUUCUCUGUGUAAAAAAACGCAGAAUCCUGUGUUAAUGUGACAACUGUCAUAGACCAACAAAACAUUUCAGGAGGCAAACAUUAGUUAAAAUUAAAACCUGCUUUUAGAAUA